AUGCUUGUGACGCAGACGCUUGCCCCUCAGGUGCUGGGCUACACGCUGCUGGGAGCCGUGACGUUCAUGGCCCUGGAGGGCGGGCUGUCGUCGCCGCAGCAGCCGCCGCAACCGCCGGCUUCGCCGUCCAAGCACGCCCCGGGGCUCGACGACGACAUCCGCUCGCGCACCGUCGAGAAGCUCUGGUCCAUCACCGAGGACCUCAACAUCCUCUACAAGGACAACUGGACGCGUCUCGCCGCGCAGGAGGUGCUCAAGUUCCAGGAUACUCUGGUGCGGAACCUGCGCGGAGGCGGCGUGCUGCGGCCGGGGGGCGGCGGAGGCGGAGCGGCCGGGGGCGGCGCCUACGGCUACGGCUACGGCGGACACCACCACCGCUGGUCCUUCUCCUCGUCCUUCCUCUACUCGCUCACGCUCAUCACCACCAUCGGGUACGGCAGCGUGUCGCCGCGGACUCCGUGGGGGAAGGUGGUGACGAUCGUGUACGCCCUGGUGGGCAUCCCGCUGAUGCUGGUCUACCUGUCGACGGUGGGCGACGUGCUGGCGCGCAGCUUCCGCCGGCUGUACGGCCGCCUCUGCGGGCUGGGCGAGCCCGAAUUCUGGGUUAAAACAUGGGACGUCGAGACAACCUUACUAGAUGCGAGCGCGGACAGCGACGACUUCUGCAAGUCGGUGGUGCUGGACUGCGGCGGCGAGGGCAUCGCGGCGGGCGCGUCGCCGCUGGAGGCGCCGCUGCCGCCCCCGCAGCCUGCCCCCGCCGCCCGCGUGCCCGUCUCGCUCUGCCUGUGCAUCGUCGUGGCGUACGUGUGCGCCGGCGCGCUGCUGUUCAACCGGCUGGAGAACUGGACCUUCCUGGAGGGCUCCUUCUUCUGCUUCACCAGCCUGGGCACCAUCGGCUUCGGCGACCUGGUGCCGGGCGGGCUCGACGGCACCGCCCACCAGCAGCUCAGCGUCAUCGCCAGCUCCGCCUACAUCCUCGUCGGCAUGGCGCUCGUCGCCAUGUGCUUCAACCUCGUACAGGUGAGCGAAGUGAAUGAUGCGUCCUCCUCAUGA